UGCAUCCCUAGUUGACUUGUAAUGAAUUUUUUUUUAAAUUGAUUAAUUAUUUUAAAUAAAUUGAAGUGAUAGAAAGCAUAUUUAGCAAUAACUUAACAUGGUAGUGCGUUAUCCAAUGUGUGAGCCAAAUUUUUAUCUACCACAAGCCCUGUGCGUCAUUUUUGAAAAAGAAUCGGAUAAAUUUGGAAUGGAUGACGAUAAAUUGGAGCAAGCUAGUAAACUGCAAAGUGCGGAACACAAAGCCGACUAUUAUAGAGUUUUGCCACUAUUGUCUUUUAGAAAUGAUCAUCGCGAAAAGGUUUUGUCACUAAAGCAAAAUGAAUAUUUGCGUUUACGAUGGCAAAACUUCCUCACCAAAAUACCGUCCGCAUAUAUACGCAUUCGUCUAUAUUCCGACCAACAAAAAGUACCCAUUGUUCCACAGCGUUUACAACUAAAUGGGCGUUUUUAUGGGGUAGAUAACAAAUUGUCACCGGUCCCGAUAAUACCUGAUCCCAGAAUGACGGAAAAACCUACAUCGAAAUAGAUGGUUUACGCUCGAGUGAUUUUAAAAUUUAUCAGAUUAAUUAAAUAUAAAUGUAAAUAAAAUGAUUAAAAUGGAAUUCAA